GCGUCUACUAAAUUUAUAUGCAGUUCCACAAUGGUUUAUUGCACAUGAAUUAAUUUGUGUGAGUGAUUCAGAGUUGAAAUCUCCUCACGAAUCCCGGGUGGACAAUAGUAGAAUAUGUUAAUUGGUUCAAUAAACAUUCCGAAUUGGAAAGAUGGCAAUUUCUUAAAGGUUUAUUGGAUGUUUAUAAGCAAUCUGUGGUUGCUAGAGGAGGAACUGAGUUUGUCAAACAAUUUCCAAUUUUAAAUUUAUUAAUUAAUAAUAAUGUGAGUGGGACAAAAGCAUAAUUAAUUAUGGAAAGGAUGACUAUAAUAUUUGUGAUAAUUUAUUAAAUUAAAUAAUUGGCUCUUAAUUGAAGGAGUUUUUUUCUUCCACCCUCCUUAUUUUGAGAAUUUAGUAAUUUUUGAAGGGGGUUUAUUUAUUGAAUUUUAGAAAAUAAUCUAUUUCCCAGAGAAAAACUAAAAAUUUUAAUGAGCCAAUUAUUAUAUUUUUUAUUUUUUGUAAUAAUUUAUUUUAGGUAUUUUCCUUUCGAGAAAUAUGCCACUUUCGAGAAUUAUGCCAUUCAGUCAAAUUUUAUAAAUUUUAUUUUACAUCUGAGAAUCUUUAAAAGGAAAAUACCUAUUUGUUAAAUUGGUGUCAGUCACUUUUAUUAUUUUUUAAAUUAUUUUUGGAGACUGGUUUAGAGCUUAUACUCAUUGGAGUGUAGUUAAUUAAACGAGACAAAAAUUCAUCUACUUUUAAUAUCCAAAAUCGUAAGAAUUU